GAUUAAUACCAAAAUACCGUCGAUGCAAAUCAGCUGAUUUCUACAAUCAUUAAAGCAAGACGUCUUCAGCAUUACGAGCUGGCGUUGCGGGCUUUCUUCUGGACUUCAAUAAACUACUUGAAUAAUAACGGAAAUGUUGCCGCUGUAAUAAGUUGUGAAAAGUGUCAAACAAAAGGAGCAUAAAUCAAAAAAGUUUGAAGGAGUGCCGAAAGGGAGCGCAUGGAAGAAAGAGUAGAAGAAACAGCACUACAAACACUAAAGGCACAUAAUAAAUAGUUACAACACAAAUACAAACGCUUAAUUAAAAAGCAUAAGAGAGCCCAAAGGAAGCUUUUCUAAAGCUCAUAGAAAAAUAUUGUAAACAAAACUCGUUUAUAAAAGAGAUAAAGCGGCACAAACUAGCAGAAAAUUUGCACAAAUUUCUACAAAAUAUUUUCUUUUAAUUUUAAAGCAAAAAAGUUUGAUAAAAAGCUUAAUUAAAAGUUAAUAACUAUCAACAAAAUUAAGAAUUAUCCACAACUGUGAUCGAAAGUUUACGUUUCAAAGAGAAAAAACCACAAAGGCACUGUAUUCGACCCACACAAAUUAAGCCAAAGCCAAUUACAAACUCUUCACCGAUAAAAAGCUCAAAAAGCUCACUUCAAACUAAGCACACUAGGCAUAAGAGACAGCACUUCAAAAACAACGGACAAAAAAUGCCACAAAUCAAGCCACUGCUCAUCAUAUUCCUUUUCGUGGCGACCCAAUGUCCCAACUCAAGCUCACAGAAUCUACAUGUUUACACUUAUAUUACAGAGCCGAAUUCGCAGCUCGAUCCGGAUCCGGAAUUCUUGGGCACCAUUAGUAAUGUCACAUAUCCGGCGGGACGUGAGGCGAUAUUGGCGUGUUCGGUGCGGAAUUUGGGUAAAAAUAAGGUCGGCUGGUUACGCGCUUCCGAUCAAACUGUGCUCGCACUGCAAGGUCGCGUUGUCACACACAAUGCUCGGAUAAGCGUCAUACAUGAAGAUGCUCACACUUGGAAAUUGAAGAUAAGCAAAUUGCGCGAAAGUGAUCGCGGUUGCUACAUGUGCCAAAUAAAUACGAGUCCAAUGAAAAAGCAAAUCGGUUGCAUCGAUGUACAAGUACCACCCGACAUCAUCAACGAGGAGUCGUCUGCCGAUUUGGCGGUGCAAGAGGGCGAGGAUGCCACAUUGACCUGCAAGGCGACCGGCAAUCCAAUGCCGCGCGUCAUCUGGCGUCGUGAAGAUGGUGAUAUGAUUUUAAUACGCAAGCCGGGGAGUCGUGAACUCAUGAAAGUGGAAUCCUAUAGUGGCUCGUCGUUGCGGCUGGUGCGCUUGGAGCGGCGCCAGAUGGGCGCUUACUUGUGCAUUGCAUCAAAUGAUGUCCCACCGGCAGUUAGUAAACGCGUUUCGCUCAGUGUACAAUUUGCCCCCAUGGUACGCGCUCCCAGCCAAUUGUUAGGCACACCACUCGGCUCCGACGUACAACUGGAAUGUCAUGUCGAGGCCUCACCAUCGCCUGUCUCCUAUUGGCUGAAGGGUGCCCGCACUCCCAGCGGCUAUGCGAGCAUCUCCAAUUCGAAUUUGGAAUCGGGACAGCCGGGGCCGGAAAUGCUGUUGGACGGUCCCAAAUAUGGCAUAACGGAAAAACGUGAUGGCUACCGUGGCGUGAUGCUGCUGGUCGUGCGCUCGUUCUCACCCUCCGAUGUUGGCACAUACCACUGCGUGAGCACGAAUUCCCUCGGCCGUGCAGAGGGCACUCUGAGGCUCUAUGAAAUCAAGUUGCAUCCCGGCAUCGCGUCCAUAAAUGAUGAUCAUCUCAAUUUUAUCAGUGGCAUCGAGGAGGCGGCGCGCGGUGGUGUUCCGGCGACUUCAUUAGCCACAAUUCUGAAGCUUCAUUUGGCAUUUUACAUGGCACAAUUGCUGUUUUCGACGUCGGUCACAGCACCGGCGGUUGGGCGGCGAGCGUAGUUUAUGUUCAAGUUGCGAGACUAAUGCAUUUAUUUAAUAUAUAUUUAGGUAUAUAGAUAUACGAGUAUAAGUAUACAUAUUUACUUAGCAUGUUUGCUUGUUUGUUCGUUAGUUGGCUAACUAUGUUAAUACGAUUAAGGCGUAAUGGAUGCAUGGCGUUCAAAUCAAAAAGUGAUCUUUGAUCUUCGAAGUUCUCAAACUUAACUUAACAGUUAAUAAUAAUAUGUUUUUAUUCAGAAAAUUUAGAUCCGAAACCAGCUCUCAAAUACCGUUGGUUAACUGUUCGAACGAAACUUUUUUUCAAAGCACAGCUUAUUAAUCGUACAAGUUAUAUAAGUUCAGGGGAACAUUCUCUAAGACAACUCCAAAAUUAAACCUUAAACGUUCUCAACGUUAAAAUGGUAGAAUUUUCAACAAUCUGUUGAGAAUAAAUUAUUAUGUCUUUCUAUGUAAUGAUUUUUUUUAGAUUGCUAAAACCGCAAAUAUUGACGAUUUGCCUUCGAAGAUAUACAAUAAAGUUCGUUGCUUAACGAAGUUAGAAAUUUUGAUUUUCAAAAGCUUCUCAAUAGUUUCUCAACAGUUAGUUAAAUUUAGUAAUGUCAACAAAAAUGUAUUUUUUAAAAAAGAUAUUUCUAUUUGUGUCAAAAAGUUUAGCAAAUCUACAAAUAUUCAUUCUCAACAGUUUUUCAACAGUUUCUCAAAAGUUUUUCAACAGUUCGGGAAAUUUAUUAAUUUGAACAAAAAUGUAUUUGUAAGCAAUGAAAUUUCAAGAAGUUUAUCAAAUCUAAAAAUACUAAAUCUCAAUAGUUUUUCCACAGUUUUUCAAUAUUAAUUCUCAACAGUUAGAUAAAUUUACAAAUUUGAACAAAAAUGUAUUUUUUGACAUAUGAUAUUUACAUUUGCAUCAAGACGUUUACAAAAUCUACAAAUUUUAAUUCUCAACAGUUUCUCAAUAGUUUCUCAACAGUUCGGUAAACUUAGUAAUUUAAAUAAAAAUGUAUUUUUGACAAAUUACAUUUCCAUUUGCAACAAAAAGUUUACCAAAGCUACAAAUUUUAAUUCUCAACAGUUUCUCAAUAGUUUCUCAACAGUUCGGUAAACUUAAUAAUUUGAAUAAAAAAGUAUUUUUGACAAAUUACAUUUCCAUUUGCAACAAAAAGUUUACCAAAGCUACAAAUUGAAUUCUCAACAGUUUCUCCACAGUUUCUCAACAGUUUCUCAAUAGUUUAUCAAAACCUAAGUGAUAUAUUUUUCAUCCAAAAAUUAUGUUUCAGCAAAAUUAUUUCAAUUGAAUAAAUUUUUUUUUCAUAUCCUUUACUGUAGCUGCUUUAUGAUUUGAUUUUGAAAUUCCGUUAUUAUUUCGAAAACACCAAUUAUUUAAGGCUUAAACGUAAAAACAGAAAAAGCUUCGAAAACUUGUAAAAUGUAUCUAAAACCAGUAAUUAAGGCAAAAACAUAUUAUUUAUGAUUUACCGUAAGUUAGCUAAACAACAACAACAACUUCAAAGAGUGGCAGAAAGUGCAUUUCUAGAAAUGUAAAUACAGCAGCCAAGGAAAAAAGCAGAAGAAUGUAAAGCAAAAAAAACACUAAUAAUAAAUAAGUGUUGCGUGUAUAAGAUGACUAAACGAAGAGCAAAAAAAAAGGACAAAUAAAAUUAAAACCAAAACGUAUCAAAAAUACUUAUCGAAUUCUUAAUGUAAGCAAAAGCAAAAAAACAAAAACAUAUCUACAUAAGUAUAUAUAGUAUGUGUGUAUAAUAUAUGCAACUAAACGAAUUGAAUUUAAGUUUGUGUGCUAAUUAUGUAAUUGCAAUGAAUAAAAAAUAAUAAUAAAAUUUAAAAAAAAAUUUGAAAAACGAAGAUGGACCACAAUACAAACGCCAAUGUAAAUCCACACACACACCCAUAUAUACAAACGAGUACAUGAACGAAAUGCCAAAUAUAUGCGCCAAAUUGCAUGAGCAAAUAUAACGGAACUAUCAAAAAUAUCAACUGCAACGGUAAAUAUCAUUAUCACACCGCCAAUACAUGCGUACAUACAAAAACAUUCAGUAAAUAUAUUCAUAUAUACGAUUAUGUAUAUGUACUUAUGUAAAACAUAUACAUAUGCAUAUAUAAUAUGUAUGA